AUGGGGGAUUUUGAGGGUUCAUCAUCAGAAAUGUUGUCGUUAAGGGCGAAGAGCAUCGCAGUCAUCGGCGCAGGCCCUUCUGGAUUGGUUGCUGCAAAAUAUCUGCGCGCAGAGAAGGCCUUCUCCAAGAUCGUCGUGUUUGAACAGCGUCCGAGAGACGGCGGCAUAUGGAACUACACGGCCGAAGAAAGAGCUGAGGAUCUAUUCACGGUCCCUCAGACGGAUCCAUCCGGAAGAAACCAAGAUGCAGUCUGGAGACAAGCACUGAAAAACGGACAUACCAUUAAUUACACCAAUGGUGCAACCUUCGUCUCCCCGAUGUACGAAAGGCUCGAGACAAAUAUUCCGAGAGGUUUAAUGGGCUUCAAGGAUCUAGAUUGGCCACAAGAUAGUCAGCUUUUCCCAAAGCAUCAAACUGUGCUCAAGUACAUCGAGGAUUAUGGCAGAGAUGUCCAAGAUACGGUGCGCUAUAGCAUUCAGGUAACAAGCGUCACUCCAAACAACGACCACCCCUCCACUUCCUGGUCUGUGACAUCUCGAAAUUUGGCGACAUCUAUCCACACGACAGAGACCUACGAUGCUGUCGUAGUGGCCAAUGGGCAUUUCAUCACACCUUACAUCCCCGACAUACAGAAUAUCGCCGACUGGAACACAGCUCACUUCGGCUUGAUAUCUCACUCAAAGUAUUAUCGCAAGCCAGAGGAGUUCGCUGGAAAGAGAGUAAUCGUAGUCGGCAACUCAGCGUCUGGCGCCGACAUAUCCAACCAAAUCGCCGACUACUGCACUCUGCCACUUCUUUGGUCGAGCAAAUCAAAAAACCUGUUCGCCAGCGCAACACCGACAGAUCCGCGUCGCCGCGAACUUCCACCUAUCAAGCGGUUCAAUCCUGGUACGCGUGGUGUCGAAUUCGAAGACGGCACAGUCGAGAAUGAUAUUGAUGCCAUUGUCUUCGCUACAGGCUACUUCUACAGUCUACCUUUCCUGGAGGACGUCACUCCAAAACUGAUCACAGAUGGCAGCCACGUCAACCACACCUACAAGCACCUCUUCUACGCGCCGAAACCCACACUCUCCUUCAUCGCGCUCCCACAAAGAGUUAUCCCCUUCCCAACCGCGGAAGCGCAAGCCGCUGUUGUUGCACGCGUAUACUCUGGCCGCUUAUCCCUCCCGUCACUUUCUGAAAUGGGGCAGUGGGAAGCGGACCGAGCAGCCGAAACCGGCUCCAGACGAGCCUUUCACCUACUCCCAUUUCCAAAAGACGGGCAGAACAUCAAUGAGCUCUCUCAAUGGGCGCUGAGCGCACCUCGCAAGGAGGGCCUGGAAAAUGAUGGCCAGGGUAUGAUUCCGCCCGUCUGGGGCGAGUGUGAGUUCUGGUGUCGCGAGAACUUUCCUGCCAUACGGCAGGCGUUUGGCAGGUUAGGCGAGAAGAGGUUCACGACGCAGACACUAGAGGAAGUUGGCUUCAGUUAUGAGGAGUUUAGGAGGAAGAAGGCGCAGGAGGAUGGGAGGCUCAUUUAA